AUGGCCAAGGAUCUCGGCCGUGCUCUGCGUGAGCUGAAUGAGAUUCUGGUCGUUCUGGGCAAGCCGCCCAUGGACGGACCUGUUCUUCCAGACGCUCUGGAUUCCAGCAGUGAUACCACUUCUUCCACAGGUGCUGGUUUGGUUGGAGACAACCAUGUGACCGCUACGGAUGGGCCCGGCCAUGCUGAUGCUGACGAGGCAGGCGAAGAUGGUUCUGGUCGUGAUGAUGGCUCUGUUCAUGCUGUGGACAGCCUCGACGCCCUGGUUCUUGAAGAGGCGGCUGCGCAGGUGGCCCGUGCGGCGGUGGCGGCGCGCAAGGCGGUGGCCUCGGUCGAGCCGGACCUGGCGCAGAUCGUCAAGCUGUAUGACGAGCGGGCGCAGAACGCGGUCAAGGUGAUCCAGCUCGCCAGCGAGCUGCAGGUGGCCCGGAUCGAGGUCGAGGCCCAGGCCAAGUUGAAGGACAAGGCCGAGCGCGCGGCCGAGGCCGAGGCCCAGUUGCGGACGAGGGCCGAGAACGAGGCCGCCGAGCUGUCGUCGCGGCUGAGCGAGGCAUACACCCACAUCAAGACGAUGGAGGCCGAGAAAGACGCGCUGCAGCGCCGGGUCGGCGAGCUCUCGGCCGCCAUGCCGCAGAACGAGUCCGAGCGCGAGGCGCUGGCUGAACAGCUUGCUGAGCUGCAGGGUGAGCUCGAGGAGGCCAAGCAGUGGCAGCCGUCGGGCAUCGCCCAGUCGGUGCUUUCAGGCAUGUGGUGGACGGCCAAGUCGGCAUUUCAGCUCGCCUCGGACGGCAUGGGGCAGAUCAAGAACAAGACUCGGUCCAAGCCGGGUGUGUACACCCGUUACGAGACCCUACAGAUGGAGACCAUCCAGCGGUACUACGCCCGCCACAUCACCUCGGAGCUGCCGGACAUUCUCCAGACGCUUGUCGACGAUGCCGGCCUCUUCCGCGCCGCCACCGCGCCUGCCCACAUCCCCACCACUCAGGACUACCGAUUUGCCGAGUGGUCUCACAAGAUCGGCGCCGGCUUUCUCGCAGGCGUCGCCCGCAGCCUGGUCAAGAAGGUCUGUGAGUAUCAGGCCGAGCGCGCAGGUCGCUACUUUGGUAUCACCGGCUGCGGCUACGUCGACGACCCGACCAACCUCGUUCUUCGCGAGCUCAAGGACUGGCUUGUCGUGCUCUCCUCGUGCGACAAGACCGAGCGGACUCGUCUCGACAUUGAUGCCCGCUGCGCCUUUCUCGACGAGCUCAUUGACAACAACGUUUUUCAGUCGUCCGGCCGCUCUACCACCACUAUGACCGGCAUGCUCGCCGGCGUCCGCACCGAGCUUGCCUUUGUUCGCGAUCACUACGAUGACGACGAGGCCCUCGACCUUGAGCAGUUUGAGCUCCUCGCCGACGCCAUGGCCUCGGACAUGGGUGCAUCGACAGGCUCCAUGGCCCGCUCCGUCGCCGCCUCCUCCUCUGGCCUCGACCUUGCCCGCUCCUCGGCCGGCGUCAGGCUCCCGCGCGAUGUCGCCGCCUCGGCCGCCUCGCUCUCCAUGGACCCUCGUCCUCCCGCCGAGAGCCACACCACCAACAGCGGCGGCGGCAGCAACAACGACGACGACGACGACGACGACUUUGGCUUCCAGAUCCUCAGCUGA